AUGCCCAGAAGAAUCAGACGACACAAUCAUAUUGUUCCAAGGGAAGAGGAGGAGGAGAAUCCACUAAUGAAGGCGUUGGCAAGAGAUCAAAGUGCGGCGGAAAUCAGAGAGAACAUAUGGAAAACAAACACCCAUUAUGGGUGUGGAAUAUUCUUCGCUGCCAACUUCUACAACCUCACCGCCUACUGCUUCCCUCCCUGCCUUCAUAAAGCUGGCGAAGCAUUCACUCGAACGUUUUUCUCGCUGGUUUUUGCGAUUUUGACAAUUUGGAUUCGUCAUGUGAAAAAUGGAUAUGAUCAUUUGCGGGAAAUCGAUGUUUGUAACUGUGACUCAUGUAAAGGGCAGCCGUACAGUGUCAAAACUGUGGAGCAGAUACAGUGGAAAAUUGAAAAGGCGAAUUCUGCUGUGAAAAGAAUGGUCAGCAUUUUCAAACACUAA